UGGACAAGUUGUGACAAGAAAAUAAAGUUCUCCAGCGAACAAUGCCGCUUUCUUUUCCAAACGAAUUGCGUGCACUCACACACACAAAGAGAAAGGCCACCAACAAGUGCGGCGCCAUUGUGCUCGUCUAAUUAGCAUCCAGCGCCGCCGCCGCCGCCGCGAUGCUCUUGUCGGACUCGAGCAUCUGCGCGCAGAUCAGCAGCCUGAACGGCGCCCUGCACGCCGGAGCCGCGGCGGGAGGGCACGCGGACCCGGGGGGCGGCACCGCGCGCUCCAGCCUCACCCCGACGGGCCACCUGAUCGUGGCCGUGUGCUUGGGCUCCAUCGGCGCUUUGGGACUGCUCAACAACUCGCUGGUGCUGCUGCUCUACUGGCGCUACAAGAUCCUGCGCUCGCCGAUCAACUUGCUCCUGGUGAACAUUUGCAUCAGCGACCUGCUGGUGUGCGUGCUGGGCACGCCGUUCAGCUUCGCGGCCAGCACGCAGGGACGGUGGCUGAUCGGGGCCGAGGGCUGCGUGUGGUACGGCUUCGCCAACUCGCUCUUCGGCAUUGUUUCGCUCAUCUCUCUGGCUGUCCUCUCCUAUGAGCGCUACAGUACCAUGAUGACCCCCACUGAGGCCGACUCGUCCAACUACUGUAAGAUCGGGCUGGGCAUCGCCCUCUCUUGGCUCUAUUCCCUCGUCUGGACCCUGCCGCCGCUUUUUGGCUGGAGUCGCUAUGGUCCAGAAGGUCCGGGGACCACCUGCUCUGUGGACUGGAAAGCCAAGACGGCGAAUAACGUGUCUUACAUCAUUUGUCUGUUUAUCUUCUGCCUCGUUGUGCCGUUGUUGGUGAUCGUGUUCUGCUACGGAAAGCUGCUGUGCGCCAUCAGACGGGUGAGUGGGAUCAAUGCGUCGAUGAGCAGGAAACGGGAGCAGCGAGUCUUGUUCAUGGUGGUGAUCAUGGUGAUCUGCUACCUUAUGUGCUGGCUGCCGUACGGGAUCAUGGCGCUGUUGGCCGCUUUCGGACCGCCGGGCCUGCUCACGCCCGAAGCCAGCAUCGUACCUUCGGUCCUGGCCAAGAUCAGUACAGUCAUCAACCCCGUCAUAUACGUCUUCAUGAAUAAACAGUUUUACAGAUGCUUCCAAGCAUUGCUCCAUUGCGAGGCUCCUCGACGAGGUUCCAGCGUGAAGAGCUCGUCCAAGGUCGCCACCAAGCCGGCGAGGGCCGGCGCGUUGACCGGACCUCGCCGUACCGACGACUUCUUGUUCAUGGUGGCCUCCCUGGGUCAGCCAGCGGCCGCCGUGCCCCGGCUGAGCCCGAGCCUCGAACCCACUCUUGAUGUCACCAAAGCCCCUUCUUCAGACAUCAACCAACCUGUCGUAGUCUCGCUCGUGGCCCACUUCGACGGGUGAAUGCCGGCUCUGACCGCGGAACCGGGAUGUCUCCAGCCCAGAAGGCGUUCAUCACCGAUGGUGCCGUUUGCCGCGUUCGGCACAAACUGCAGAGGAGCAAUCUCCCGGUUCGGACCCAGAGAACGCAGAUGUUGCAUCGACUCUGCCGUGGUGGCACAGAGCGGUUCUGUACGGAACCCUUCAUUGGACUUGCUGCUGGAAAUUAUGAGCAGAACUGCCAGGUACUGAACUUCUAAUGGUAGUCUGUAUUUUUCUGCAGACAAAAUGUGGACAACGCUUGAUGUGAGAAUGUUAGAAAGGGAAAAAAAGGACUUGAUUAUUAUCAUUGUGCAAUAUCAAAUGUUCGGAUAUUUUAAAUAAUUGCAAAGUGACUGCACAGUGGGGUCUUCAAUGGAUCAUUUGUGACUUCCAAAUGCAUCAAAGUUCCCCAAAUUGGCGUGUCACCAUAAAAGGGGAUCGCAAAUGGAAGACCGCUGCCCCGCGAGCAACAUUCGGUGCAAUAGUGAGCUUCAAGUGCACGCUGCAUCGCGCAUGUGCACUCGACAUUUGCAUCCCUCUUCGGAGGGAUACGAUUGCAAUCUUUAAUCCCACUUAACUUGACAGUGACAUUUGCUAAUGUUCCGUGGUUUUGUACCCUUGCCCUCCUAAAAAGUCAUGAAAAUGAAUGAUCUUCUUAGAAUGAUUGUAAUUUCAUAUUUCUGUAUGUACAGUUAAUGCGAACAAAUGUGAAAUCCAAUGUUUCUCGUUAAACCAGAUGCUCAGGGUUCCAUCUUCAUAUACUGAAAGUGUUGGCAGUACUGUGUCUUGCUCAAGGGCACAUGGGCGGUUUCCACUUAAAUGUUUACAGCAUGCUUGUAUAUUUGGAACAAAAAGAACCACGUCAUAUAUCAUAUCAAUACUUCUUUCUAGAGCAUAGCAACGCAUUCGUCCGACACUAGAAUUAUUUUGGUCUCUAUAUAUUGUUUGUCAUGUGCCUGUCUGCAUCCAGGUCAACUCGUUUGACCUUUUUAUUGUCUUGCAAUGCAAAGCUAACUGUGAUGUUUUGGAAAGCAGAGCAUCAGUAUUGUGUGGCCAGUGAAUGUUGAAGCUUUCUGUGCUGUGGUCAUGUCAUUACUAAAAACAAGAAAAAAAAAAAAGAAGAUUUGCUGUUGUU